UGAGACUCGCCGCAGGGGCAGCGAGCAAUGGAUAACGAUGCCCCAGACCCCCUGGACGUAGUUUAAACCCGGCCCUCGCCCGCAAGCCGCAUCUGCAAGCCGCGCCCACAAUUCCCAUACCGGCUGGCCUUUUGCACCACAAGCAGCCUGGUCGAAACGAGAAGCUCCUCUUUUCCCUGCAUGACUUCUGCUUCUCUUUCUUCCUUUCCCCUCGAGUCAUUCCCUUGUUUGGGUGUUGGUUUGCUUGUUUCCUUGGCUCUUGCUUCUUUUGCUUCUUUUUACUUCUUUGCUUCUUCGUCCUUUUCCCUUCUCUUCUUCUUCUCGCUUGCCCUUUCUGGCCCCCUUGCCGCUUUAUCCUGGCUGUCUUGCUGUGGCGGCGGCGACGACGCCACCGGAUAUUUUGAGUCGAGGUCUAGGUGGAAAGAGCCGAGUGCCGUUGCUGGAGACAACGGGGGACGAAAAUCGACAGGCCUUCGCGAGCACAGCCGCUGCUCACUUCGACCGCCGAUCCAUUGCCGCCCGUCGUCAUGACCGCUUCGCCUCCAUCUGCCCCGUCUCAGAGCUUCCUGGAUCAGACCUACUCGGUCGUUUCCAGCGUCGCCAGCUAUUUGCGACUGCCGGCCAUGGCCUCCACCGGCCUUGCCGCUAUCCUCACCUCCCUCCUGUACUUCAAGCAGAAGGCGCUCAUCUACCCUUCGCACAUGCCACCUAACUCGCGGACAGAUGUGCCGCGCCCUUCCCAGUUCGGCAUAACCGACUUCGAGGAGCUCAUGAUAUCGACUAAUGAUGGGGAAACGCUCUCGGCCUUCUACAUCCGCGGCCCGCGCAGCGGUCGCAACGCCAACGUCACGGUCAUCAUGUUCCACGGUAACGCUGGCAAUAUCGGGCACCGCCUGCCUAUCGCCCGCCACCUGAUCGGCAUUAUCGGCUGCAACGUCUUCAUGCUCGAGUACCGCGGUUACGGCCUCUCCACUGGAGCCCCCGACGAGUCUGGUCUGAUGACGGAUGCUCAGACGGCUCUCGACUACCUGCGCGACCGCGCCGAGACCCGCUCCCACCGCCUCGUCGUCUACGGCCAGAGCCUCGGCGGCGCUGUCAGCGUCAAGCUCGUCAGCAAAAACCAGGCCGCCGGCGACAUCGUCGGCCUCAUACUCGAAAACACCUUCCUCAGCAUGCGGAAGCUUAUCCCCUCCGUCGUACCCCCGGCAAAAUACUUUGCCAUUCUGUGCCACCAAGUCUGGCCCUCGGAUUCGCUCAUCCCGUCCAUCACCAGGGUCCCGAUUCUGUUCCUAAGCGGCCUCCAGGACGAGAUCGUGCCUCCACAUCACAUGCGCCAACUUUACGAACUAUCGGCCGCCCCCAACAAAAUCUGGAAGCCCCUGCCCAACGGCGACCACAACUCGAGUGUGCUGGAGGAUGGCUACUUCGAGGCCAUUUCUGACUUUGUCGCGUCUGUGACAUCGGAACCACUCAGCAUAAGCAAAGAGAUGUACGACGUUGAGAAGAAAGCCACAAAGAAGGAGGCAUAACGAUCACAUGGAAGGGGCGCAGAGGUUAUAGAGGAGGAAGAAAAAAAAAGGCGAAAAGGAUUAAAAAAAAAACCUCUACAUUCAGCAUAUCAGCGUUUCCUAACACCCCGUCAACCCGCUGGGGUCCCAUGAAAGCAUGUCUAGCCCUCGCGACAACGGUCUCUUCUGGAUCCAACCUAAUUCCGGUGCGCGUCGAAGCAUGGGAGCGGAUCUUGAUGGAGCGAAGGAUAGGCGACGACUCUGGUCCCCCUUUUCUUUUCUCAUUUUUUGCAUCAUUGACGAAAAGAUACCCCCGAUUUUUUUUGAAUCUCCUAAUUCGUUUGUAUAACUUAUCAAGACCCGCGCGGGUCGCCUCUGCGGCGCGCUUGGAUGCCUAACCCCUUUCUGCCACGAGGCUGGACUAUCAACUGGCGUCCCCUUUUCUUCACAGGUGUUCUUUGUCUCCUUCUGUUGUAUGCCUUAGCUAUCACUAUCACGGCAUUGUACGUUGGAGUCCCCCUCCAAGGCCGAGAAUGAAACCUCAUUUCGAAUCAUCUCUUCCUCCCUCGAGAUCUGUCCCAGACAAAGGAUUCACGACGGCAAAUGAUGGGCGCUGCGUGGAGCCACCAAAAAAAGCGGUCAUGUGCGUGUCUCUCAAUGUCUCACCAUUCC